AUGUGCUUCGCGGACCCUACCUUGGAAGAGUCGCCUGUAGAUAAAGAGCCAGGAUGGAACGUGACACAUGUAUGCAAUGAUUGGGACAGGUUGUUUGACUGGGCAAAGACAAACCGUUACGAUGACGCCGUUAAUUUUGAUGCAGGAGUCUAG